CACGGCGGCUCCGGGCCCCGCCGGCGCGGACAUGACGGACACGGCGGGAGGGGAGCUGGGCGACCCGGGCCCCGAGGAGUUCGCGUACGGCGAGGAGGACUUCGUGCUGCAGGCAGCCGGCUGGGGCGACCCGGACUCCGCGCCCUCCCGCUUCGACCGGGCGCUGCUGGCGGGCUGGAGCGACCGUAUGGAGCGGGGGCUGUUCCGCUACCGGCUGGGGCCGCUGCCCACCCGCGUCCUGCCCGGCGCCGUGCGCCUCGUGGCGCAGCUGAACGAGCGGCGCAGCGCGGAGCGCCGCCCGCCGCAGCCCGUCCGCAGCCUCCGCGACCCCUUCGACCCCGCCGCCUUCAACUUCACGCGGCUGCGCCCCGCCGAGCUGCUGUUCCGCCUGCGCCGCGCCGGCGGCCCGGAGCCGCUGCUGGUGGCCAUCAACGCCAGCCCGCUGUGCCGGGGACACGUGCUGCUGCUGCCGGAGCCGGCGCGGCGGCUGCCGCAGGCGCUGGCGGCCCCGGUGCUCCGCGGGGCGCUGGAGGCGACGCUGCUCAGCGCACACCCCGGCUUCUGCGUCGGCUUCAACGGGCUGGGCGGCGGCGCCUCGGUGAACCACCUGCACCUGCACGGGCUCUACCUGGACCGGCCGCUGCCGCUGGAGGAGGCGCCGGCCGAGCCGCUGGGGCCGCGCCUGGGGCUGCUCCGCGCCGGACCGGCCCCCGCCUUCCUCUUCUUCGCCGCCGGCCCCGCGGCGCUGGAGCCGGUGUCGCGGGCCGUGUGCCGGGCGGCGGAGCACCUGGCCGGUGCCGGGCUGGCCUGCAACGUGCUGGCCGCGCGGGGCGACCCGCCGGCGGGGCCCGGCGCCGGCCGCGGGCUGCGGGUGCUGCUGUGGGCGCGCCGGCCGCUCUUCGGCCCCAAGGCGGGGGAGCCAUUCGCCGUGGCGCUGUGCGAGCUGGCGGGGCUGCUGCCGCUGCCCGCCGAGCCGCUCUACCGGGACAUCACCGAGGGGCAGGCCCUGAGCGCCAUCCGCCAGCACCUGCUGCCCGAGCCCGAGCUGCUGCGCCUGGGCGGGGAGCUGGCGCGGCUGCUGGAGCGCUGAACGGACCGCGGCCGGGUCCCUGAUGGCACGGGCAGCGGCCGGGUCCCUGAUGGCACGGGCUGCAGCUGGAUCCCUAAUGGCACGGACAGC